AUGCAAAGUGAUAAUAUACACAUAUUACAUAAAGGUUUUUGNGGGACUCUUUCCACUAUUGAAUUCCAGCGUGAGGCUCUUGAAAAUUCCCACACAAAUACAGAAGUGUUCAAGAAUAUGGGCUAUGCUGCUCAGGCCAUGAAAAAAGUACAUGAAAACAUGGAUUUGGACAAAAUUGAUGAAAUGAUGCAAGAUAUCACUGAGCAGCAAGAUAUUGCCCAAGAAAUCACAGAGGCUCUCACAAGAAGGGUUGGUGAUGACUUUGAUGAGGAUGAACUUUUGGAAGAAUUAGAAGAACUGGAGCAAGAGGAACUCAAUAAUAAGAUGAAAAAUGUUCAUUUACCAAGUGUCCCAGCUACCCAAUUGCCUUCUCAUCCUGCAUCUUCAAAGAAGAGGGUGGAAGAUGAUGACGAUAUGCAGCAACUGGCAGCAUGGGCAUCUUAACAGCAAUUUCUCACUGGGUUCAAGGGAAUACUACGGGAAUAUCAUGGAAGGACUUCAUUGAAUAGUGCUUAUAUUUUAUACAGAAUGUAGCUGUGUCGAAUUUUGACCCAAAUUGGUCACUGGUAGAAUAUGUGUAUAUAUU